AUUGCAUCAUUUAUUGUGAUUCAUUACAAUAUUUAAUGUAAUGUAAUCAAUGUAAUUAUCUUUUAUUAAUUACCCAAUGCUGUAAUAUUAAUUAAGAAUUAUUAUAGUAAUUAAUAAUAAUCACCAUCAAUUCCAAUAUUUCACAUUUACAUAUAGAAAUAUUCAAACACAGGUUGGAAUUGGAAAUGUAGUCAAUUAUAUAUAUUGUUAAUAUCACACCUAAUAGUAAUACAGACAAAUCAAAGAAAAUUUACAAAGACUUUACCUUUGUUUAUAUAUGGAUGUUUAUGAAGAUCACUAUGAGAUUCUUGGGUUACCAAGUGGCAAGAAUGGUGCCAAGAUUACAUUGAAAGAGAUAACAAAGGCAUAUAAAGCAAAGGCAUUGUUGUUACACCCUGAUAAAAAUCCAUUUGAUUCAAAAGCCAAAGCUAAAUUUCAAAGACUCAAAUCUUCAUAUGAUGUACUCAAGGAUGACAACACCAGAAAACUCUUUGAUAAGAAGCUAAGUAACAUUAUUGCCAAGAGAAGGAAGAUGGAAUCUGAUCUUGCUAGAAAGAAGCGAAAAAAGGAAGAAGAAGUAGCGAAAUCGGCCAGAGCAGCAGCAAAAGCUAAAGAAGAAACGAAAACAGCAGCUAAAGCAGCAGCAGAGGCAGAAAAAGCAGCAAAACGAGUAGCAACAAAUGCAGAAGAAGAAGCGAAAACAGCAGCAGAAGCAGCAUCAAUAGCAGCAACAAUAGCCAAAGAAAAAGCAACCGCGGCUGCAAAAGCCAAAGAAAGAGCAAGAGCCGCAACAAAAGCCAAAGAAAAAGCAAAUGCAGCAGCAAAAGCCGCAGCUGAAGCAGCCGAUUUCCAUGUUCUAAAGAAAGAAAGUGAAAGAGCAAAUGACACAAAUAAGAAAGACAAAAGUAAUCAAUACUCAUUCUCUGACUCAGAUUCUACAGACAUUUCUUCAUCUUCAUCUCCAUCUUGGUCUUCUUUUUCUUCUGAUUCUUCUUCUUGCUAGGAUAAUGGAAGACUCAAAAACUAUGGCUUCCAAUAGUGUAAGCACAAUUUGCCGCUCAACUGAAAAGUAAUAAGUCCAUAUAUUUCUUUGUAAUCUUUUUUUUUUCAAUGUAGAAACUCAUAAUAUAUUGUUGUAUUAUUCCUUAAACCACCAAUCAAUAUUCAGUUAAGUUAGUUAGUCAUUA